GACCCGCCGCAUCAAAGCGAUACAAGAACUAUUUAUAUAGCAAAUCGUUUUCCCCAGCAUGGCCAUUAUAUUCCUCAGAAGUUUGCAGACAACAGAAUCAUAUCAUCCAAGUAUACAGUGUGGAAUUUUGUUCCAAAAAACUUAUUUGAGCAGUUCAGAAGAGUAGCCAACUUUUAUUUUCUGAUUAUAUUUUUGGUUCAGCUCAUGAUAGAUACCCCUACCAGUCCUAUUACCAGUGGAUUGCCAUUAUUCUUUGUCAUAACUGUGACAGCCAUAAAACAGGGUUAUGAAGACUGGCUACGACAUAAAGCAGACAAUGAAGUAAACGGUGCUCCUGUUUAUGUUGUUCGAAGCGGUGGCCUUGUAAAAACCAGAUCUAAAAACAUUCGAGUGGGGGACAUUGUCAGAGUAGCCAAAGAUGAGACUUUUCCUGUUGAUCUGGUGCUUCUGUCAUCUGAUCGAGUCGACGGUUCAUGCCAUGUUACUACCGCAAGUUUGGACGGAGAGACAAAUCUUAAGACGCAUGUUGCAGUCCCAGAAACAGCAGUGUUACAGUCCGUUGCGAACCUGGACAAACUUGUAGCUGUGAUAGAAUGUCAGCAGCCAGAAGCAGAUCUAUACAGAUUUGUUGGACGAAUAACUGUAAGUCAACAAACUGAAGAAAUCGUACGACCUCUUGGGCCUGAAAGUCUCUUACUUCGUGGGGCAAGAUUAAAAAACACUAAAGAAAUAUUUGGUGUUGCAGUGUAUACAGGUAUGGAGACAAAGAUGGCAUUAAAUUACAAGAGUAAAUCUCAGAAACGGUCAGCAGUAGAAAAGUCCAUGAAUUCCUUUCUGAUUAUUUAUCUAAUAAUCCUUCUCUUCGAAGCCAUUCUGAGUACUAUUUUAAAGUAUGCAUGGCAGGCUGAAGAAAAAUGGGAUGAGCCUUGGUAUAAUGGAAAAACAGAGCAUGAAAGAAACAGCAGUAAGAUUCUGAGAUUUAUUUCAGAUUUUCUAGCUUUUCUUGUACUUUACAAUUUUAUCAUACCUAUUUCACUUUAUGUGACUGUUGAGAUGCAGAAAUUUCUUGGAUCUUUUUUUAUUGGCUGGGAUCUUGACCUCUAUCAUGAAGAAACAAACCAGAGAGCACAAGUAAAUACUUCAGACCUCAAUGAGGAAUUGGGACAGGUAGAGUAUGUGUUUACAGACAAAACUGGUACAUUAACUGAAAAUGAGAUGCAAUUUCGGGAGUGCUCCAUUAAUGGCAUAAAGUACCAAGAGGUCAAUGGUAAACUAACUCCAGAGGGAUUUUCUGAAGAUUCUCCAGAUGGGAACAGGCAUAGUUUGAUGAAAGAGGAAGAACUCUUCUUGAAAGCAGUUUGUCUUUGUCAUACAGUGCAGAUCAAUGCAGACCAAACAGAUGGUGCUGAUGGUCCCUGGCAAGCCAAUGGAAUAGCAUCCCCAUUGGAAUAUUAUGCUUCCUCACCAGAUGAGAAAGCUUUAGUUGAAGCAGCAAGCCGAGUUGGAGUAGUAUUUACUGGAACUAGUGGGGACAUUAUGGAAGUAAAAAGUCUUGGAAUACCAGAGAGGUAUAAAUUGCUUCAUGUUUUGGAGUUUGAUCCAAAUCGCAGACGAAUGAGUGUCAUUGUUGAGAGUCCCUCAGGGGAAAAGCUUUUAUUCACAAAGGGAGCAGAAUCUUCCAUUCUUCCUCGUAGUAAGAGUGGAGAAAUAGACAAAACAAGGAUACAUGUGGAUGAAUUUGCUUUGAAAGGACUGAGAACUUUGUGCGUAGCCUACAGAAGAUUCACAGCUGAGGAGUAUCAAGAAAUUGGCAAACGCCUUCAUGAGGCCAGGACUGCCUUACAGCAACGGGAAGAAAGAUUAGCAGAUGUAUUCAACUUCAUAGAAAGGGAUCUGGAAUUACUUGGGGCUACAGGAGUAGAAGACAAGCUGCAGGAGAAAGUCCAAGAAACUAUAGAAGCACUCAGGUUGGCUGGUAUCAAAGUGUGGGUACUCACUGGAGAUAAGCACGAAACGGCUGUUAGUGUCAGUUUAUCAUGUGGACACUUCCACAGAACCAUGAACAUCCUGGAGCUCGUGCAGCACAAGUCAGACAGUACAUGCGCAGAGCAACUGAGGCAGCUAGCCAAGAGAAUAAAGGAAGACCAUGUUAUCCAGCAUGGACUGGUUGUGGAUGGGACCAGCCUCUCUCUUGCACUCAGGGAACAUGAAAAACUGUUCAUGGAAGUUUGCAAAAACUGUUCUGCAGUGUUGUGCUGCCGCAUGGCACCCCUUCAGAAAGCAAAGGUAGUGCGACUGUUAAAAACAUCUCCAGAGAAACCUAUAACAUUAGCAAUCGGUGAUGGUGCUAAUGAUGUGAGCAUGAUACAAGAAGCACAUGUUGGCAUAGGAAUCAUGGGCAAAGAAGGAAGACAAGCUGUAAGAAACAGUGACUAUGCAAUAGCACGGUUUAAAUUCCUCUCCAAGUUGCUUUUUGUUCAUGGGCACUUUUACUAUAUUAGAAUAGCAACCCUUGUACAGUACUUUUUUUAUAAGAAUGUGUGCUUUAUUACACCACAAUUUUUAUAUCAGUUCUUCUGUUUGUUUUCACAACAAACGCUCUAUGACAGUGUAUACCUGACUUUGUACAAUAUUUGUUUCACUUCCUUGCCUGUCCUCAUAUACAGUCUCUUUGAACAGCAUGUGCAUCCGCAUGUAUUGCAGAGUAAACCUGUGCUCUAUCGAGACAUCAGUAAAAACGCCCAUCUGGGGUUUAAACCAUUUCUUUACUGGACCAUCUUGGGCUUCUUUCAUGCAUUUGUUUUCUUUUAUGGUUCAUAUCUUCUAAUGGGAGAAGACACUUCUCUGCUGGGAAAUGGCCAGAUGUUUGGAAACUGGACAUUUGGUACUUUGGUCUUCACCGUUAUGGUUAUAACUGUUACGAUGAAGAUGGCACUAGAAACUCACUUCUGGACAUGGAUAAACCAUUUUGUUACUUGGGGAUCCAUUGUAUUUUAUUUCAUAUUCUCCUUGUUUUAUGGGGGAAUUAUCUGGCCAUUUUUACAUACCCAGGACAUGUACUUUGUAUUUGUUCAGCUGUUGUCAAGUGGUUCUGCUUGGUUUGCCAUAAUCCUCAUAGUAGUUGCUUGUUUGUUUCUUGAUGUUGUGAAGAAAGUGCUGUACAGACAUCUACAACCGACGAGUACUGAAAAAGCUCAGCUUACUGAGGCAGGUUCAGGUAUCAACUGCUUGGACUCCAUGUGCUGCUUCUCAGAUGGGGAAACAGCAUGCACAUCUGUUAGAAGAAUGCUGGAACGACUAAUGGGAAGAUGUAGUCCAACCCGGGUCAACAGAUCAUGGAGUUCAUCGGAUCCCUUCUAUGCCAACGACAGAAGCAUCUUGACUCUCUCCACAAUGGACUCACCUACUUGUUAACAGGGACAGUUGUAAAUGCCUUGUGGAAGCCAUGUGGUGCUCACACACCUAUAGUAGGUUCUGAAGCGAGUCCAGUGCUACAUCUCUGCCCUAGAAAAGACUAGCAUGACUUCUAAAUACAAACUGUGGCUUGUCUUAUGGCCCAGCGUAAGUCAUCUAGACAGUAAUUGCUUCCAAUAUUUUUUCUAAUUAUAUCCACAAAUUGCUAAAUUUUUUUGGUUUUUUUUGUAAGGAACGCUUUUACCUCUGACCAUUUAAUAUUUUU